AGAACUUUCUUUCGGAGGUCUCAUCUAAAUUCAAGAUGGAGCCGGCUGGAAGCAAGAAGGGGCGUGCAGAGGAGCCACGGGAAGAAGUGGAAUGCCAGAUGUCUAGCCAACCGAGCACGUCUUCUGCAAAGACUAAAGCAACGGGGAAGAAACAAAGAAAGUCAGAGAAAGAUGACGGUUGUAAACCAGAGGAGAAAAGUGCACAAGAUCCUGAGACUCCAGGGCACACUCGUAGGAAGGUACCUGUUCCUCCUUUUCCACAGCAUCUGCCCCCCGUGAACCUGAUUCACCGAGAUGUUUUGCGAGCCUGGUGCCAGGAGAUGAAGCUGAGCAGCAAAGGCCAGAAAUUAGAUGCUUAUAAACGACUCCUUGCAAGGGCUUUCCCAGAUCAAAUGCCCGAGUUGAAGAACGUUCCUGACUCAGCCAAAGAGGCCAGGUUGAAGAUGCCUCGGAAAAAAAUGAAGACGGAACCUGGGGAAGAGUCUCAGGUGACAGUUCCCUUGGAGAUCGUCACUGUACCAGAGGAGCAGAUACCUGCUCUCGUUGAUCCUCCUGUGCUCUAUGAGGAAGUCAGCACCACGGUGGUAACUACAUCUGCCUCAGAGGCAGUGUUGGCAUCUUGGGCCAGAAUAGCAGCCAAUGCUAAGAAGUUGGAGGCAGUGCCUUCCAAUGCAACAUCGGAGACGUAUGGGGAAAUGUGGUGUGUGGUGCAUGGGACAAGCCUUCCCGCAACCUCAAGUGGUUGGGUUCGACUACAGUUCCAUGCUGGACAAGCCUGGGUACCUGAUAAGAAAGGGAAAGCGAUUGCCCUCUUCCUGCUUCCGGCCUGCACAUUUCCGCCCCCACACCUGGAAGACAACAUGCUGUGCCCCAAGUGUGUUCAUAAGUGA